CUCCCUGUGUCUCCUCUUUCUUCUUUCCUCCUUCCUCUCUCUCUCACAGACAACCAUGGCGGUGUCAUGGGAAGACAGCGUCACAGAUUCGAUCAACACCGUUUAUCUCCUCUUCUCAGCUUACCUCGUCUUCGUAAUGCAGCUUGGUUUCGCCAUGCUCUGUGCUGGUUCAGUUCGAGCUAAGAACACCAUGAACAUAAUGCUCACCAACGUUGUUGAUGCCGUCGUCGGUAGCAUCUCCUAUUACCUCUUUGGUUUCGCUUUCGCUUUCGGCACUGGUUCCAAUUCCAACCCUUUUAUAGGCUCUCACUACUUCGCCCUCAAAGAUAUCCCCAACGAUUCCUACGAUUACAGCUUCUUCCUCUACCAAUGGGCUUUCGCCAUUGCCGUUGCCGGAAUCACUAGCGGCUCCAUAGCUGAACGUACACAGUUCACUGCUUAUCUGAUUUUCUCCUUCUUCCUUACUGGGUUUGUUUACCCGGUCGUAGCUCACUGGGUUUGGUCAUCCAGCGGUUGGCUAAGCCCGAGUUCAAGCGGGUUAUUGUUCGGUUCGGGAGCAAUUGACUUUGCCGGAAGCGGUGUGGUUCACUUGGUUGGUGGAAUUGCCGGUUUGUGGGGAGCAUUUAUUGAAGGGCCCCGAGUUGGCCGAUUUGAUGCGGUUGGUAAUCCUGUUCCAAUGCGUGGCCACAAUGCAACUCUUGUGGUACUUGGGACAUUCUUGUUGUGGUUUGGUUGGUUCGGUUUCAACCCCGGUUCAUUCGAUAAGAUACUCGUUUCUUACCCAAACACAACCAAUCAGGGAAAUUGGACCAGCAUCGGGAGAACUGCAGUUACAACUACACUAGCCGGUUCGAUGGCCGGCAUUGUCACUUUAUUUGCUCGGCGGUUAAUAGUCGGUCAUUGGGAUGCAUUGGAUGUAUGCAAUGGGCUGUUAGGUGGGUUCGUCGCGAUCACAUCGGGUUGCUCCGUGGUUGAACCAUGGGCCGCAAUCGUGUGCGGGUUUUUUGCUGCCAUGGUCUUGAUUGGGCUCAACAUGGUAGCCCUUAAAUUGAAGUUUGAUGACCCAUUAGAGGCAACCCAGUUGCAUGGAGGGUGUGGGGCUUGGGGACUUAUAUUUACGGGUCUGUUUGCCAAAGAGGAAUUUGUAAUUCAAGCUUAUGACUCUGGGGAGAGUGGUGUGGUUCGACCAUAUGGUUUGUUAAUGGGAGGUGGGUGGGGUUUGCUUGGUUCACAAUUGAUUGAAGUUUUGGUGAUUGUUGGUUGGGUUAGUGUAACCAUGGGUCCACUCUUUUAUUGUCUCCAUAAGCUAAAGCUUCUGAGGACAUCUACUGAUGAAGAAAUUGCAGGGCUUGACAUCUCUAGCCAUGGAGGAUAUGCAUAUGUAGUGGCCAAUCCAGAAGAAAACCAACCUCGUUUUUAUGCGGAUUACAUGCGGAUGCAAGAAUAAUCAGGAUUAUAGAGCCUUAAUUAUUUACAUCUUCUAGUUCAUAUUCUUCAUUUGCUGUUCUAAUUCGAUUCAUCAAAU